CGCCAUGGUGGGCCCGGCCGCCGCCGCCGCCGCCGCGCUGGAGAACGCGAACCCGCUCGUGUACCGGCGCCAGGGCGAGCGGCCCGUCACGGCGCGCGAGGAGGACGACGAGCUGCCCGACGCCUUCGACGACCGCGAGGUUUUUGAUCUCAUUCGGUCAAUCAAUGACCCUGAACAUCCCUUAACUUUGGAAGAACUUAACGUUGUGGAACAAGUUCGUGUCAAGGUGAAUGAUGCUGAAAGUACUGUGUCGGUGGAGUUCACUCCCACAAUUCCUCACUGCAGCAUGGCAACACUAAUUGGCCUGUCAAUCAAAGUGAAGCUGAUCAGAUCUCUCCCAGAAAGGUUUAAAGUGGAUGUCCACAUAACAGCUGGGACUCAUGCCUCAGAGCAUGCAGAGCUUUUGGCAAACCACACCAGAAGGCCUCUUUUGUAACUUUGAUGCUGAAAAAAGGCUAGAGGGAGUCACUCACCUUCUGAGGAUGCUGGAGCAAUAGCAGCACAAAUGUCCAGAGGACAGAUUCAUGUUUUGAGGGUUUUUCUUUGCUGGUGUGUGAUGAGACCUGCCAGCUUAUUUCACGAUGCAAAUCUAAUUAUGAUGUUUUUAUCUAGCCUUUCCUUUAAGUAGUUAAGGACAGCAUGCAGGGGGUUGAUAAAACCCAGAUUAUCCUCCAUACAAGCUUGUGAGGAAGGACAGUGUAAGAGGCAGACUGGCCCAAAGUCCACCCAGUUACUUAGUUAAUGGGAAUUUGAACCCAGGUACCUUCAUCCUCAGCUUCAACUAAGUAAAAAUCAACAUCUGUACCAAAGGACUGAAAAACAGCCAGUGUAACACUGAUUUUUCAAAAGAGAUUCAGAAAAUUACAGGCUGAUUAGCUUAAUCUUUUUCUAGCUAAAUAGGUGGAAAGUGUCGUUCAAGACAAAAUACUAAGGUUUUGGUAUAUGAGACUGCUGCUUGCUACUAGACCUUUGGUUUGGGGAUUUCCAAUGGAGAAAAUAAGCCAUUUUCCAUGUGAAGUAGCAUGUUUUUUCUAUGAUUAGCCACUUGCUAAUAUACCUGCUAAAUGAAAUUGCGCAAACUUGAGUCUUCCAUUCGUCUGCUCAUAGCUGCCAUUAAAGCAACCUGGAAGUGUCAUGAACACAAGUA